AUGCACUCCUGGGGGACCCGGCUGCUGGCCGCGGCGACGACGGCGGUGCUCCUCCUCAUCGCCACCUGCGCCGCCGCCUCCGCGCUCGACGCCUUCCACGUCCCCUCCGUCGAAGCCCAAGCCCACGUUACGAAGAUAAAUCGAUUCCACAAACAGAUCAAUGGGAAUGACAAGGUGACCUUGACCUUCAGUCUAUCUGCAAAUUUGGAAUCACUUUUCACGUGGAACACAAAGCAGGUCUUUGCCUUUGUGACGGCGGAGUAUGAAACCGCAAAGAAUUCCCUGAACCAGGUUUCAUUAUGGGACAAGAUAAUACCUGACAAAGAGGAGGCAAAUGUCCAAGUGGAGGUGAAGAGCAAGUAUCCCCUGACUGACCAGGGAACCAGUCUGCGGGGCAAGAAAGUUCAGCUUGUCCUCCACUGGCACAUCAUGCCAAACGCCGGCGCAAUGAUCCGAGGCAAGAUGCCUCUCUCGGAGUUCACUCUCCCAGACACCUAUACUUCCUGA